AUGUCGAGGCUCGCCCAUCACGAUCCCCCAGCCUCGUCUGUCGCUGACGAUGGCUCUGGCUUCAACAAACUCGACGAUAGUCCCACUGUCAGGCGCCGGGUCCAUGUCCCUGUGCCUUUGUCUGUAGCAUCACCGGCCUACAGUCCCAGGUGCUCCUCGCCUACCGCUCCUGAUGAUUCCCGCAUCGUUUCCGAUCCCCUAGCUCCCAGGCUUGCCAGUGACUCUCAAAAGUCACCAAAGCCGGCCAUGUCGGGCCCCGUGGGUACUGCCCAAGAAAUUUCACAAUCUGCUGGGCUACCUCGAACUUCCUCCAUCGACUCUGCGAUAUCCGCCCUCUCGUCCAAUAGGCCUGCUCAGCAACAUGGUUCGCAAGACUCCGGGUACGGAGCGGCCGAUGUCUCGAGUCUGGUGAACAAGGCAGGCAGCCCAGAGGCAGUCAUUCAAACCCUUCUGAAGGAGAGACAGGCGCAGUCGCAACAGAACACCCAGCUAUGGCGUUUGGUAGACAAGCAACGGGCCAUGAUUCUGGGCCUCAACAAAGACCUCGAGCGGGCGCUGAAGGAAAAGGAAAAGUAUAGGUUGAAAUUGAGGGAUCUACUAGCCAACGCCGCCUUUAGCCCGACGAGUUCGAACGAUUUACAGACCCCCUCUCGGCCCAAUGUCCCUCGGAUCGAUGUCAACCAGUCGUCAAUGGGAUUCUCUGAGGCGUCGUCUCUGGACUCACCUAGCCAAACCUUCUCUCCCAUCGAUUCGAUGAUCCCUCCCUACCCGGUCACGCCCAUCACACCCGCGUCCCUACCAGACCAAUCGGCCAUGCCACCACCUCCAGACGCCCCUCGACUUCAGGACCCCUCUCGAAUUCUGCCCAAGGUUAGGGAUCGGGCACCGGGCAGGGUUGACCGAGAUACAGAAGAAAAGUCUGAUCAAAUACCGAGAUUAAAAAAGGAGGAUUCCCUCAAGGAUUUGCAGUUCAAUGCCUCACAGCCACCUACCCGCGCCCUGCCUCCGGACCCUCCCAAAGGCCCAUCAACGAAGCUUGGAUCUCCUACUGCUAUGAUGAUUGAAGCAAGAGUUCGAUCGGAAGGUGGAGUAGCUGGCUUUCCAGCGCCACCACGAAAGGCACCUCCUGCUCCACUCCAGCUGAACUCGUCUACCAAGGAGCUGGUACAAGAGGAAGAGACGGAUUCGGAUCUGGAUGAAAUUCUAGAAUCUGCAGACCUGGGAAGUGGAAGCGACGAUCGUGGCCGAAGGCGAACUCGGGCAGAGGAUGAGCUGGACAGAGGGCUCAGGGUCCAAAAGGAGGCCGAAGCAAGAAGUGCCUCUAAGAAGAGCUCAUCCAGCAAGCCCGACUCUCCUGCCGAAGCCGUCCCUCCUAGUCCCCGCCAGGCUCCGGGACAACGCCCCCAUACUGGCUCAAUGUCGCUUGCCGAAGUCCUUCAAGCCGACGAGUACAGCGACCCAGGAUCUCCAGCAAUGAGCCCUGGGCUGCCACUCAGCCCUAGACCUGUCAAUGUGAGACCUCCCAUGCACUCUCCGCCACUCUCUCCUAGGAAUGCUGGGACAUUUCCUUCAGGUCCCUUGUCACCACGACCUCCCCGCCAACCAAUUCCGAUGCCUCCGAACACACCGCUCGCAACACCGGCAGUGGCUUCCAUCGACCAGUCCUUGAUGUCGCCGAAAGAAGGAGUCACGAGCCCCACGGUGGUGACAACCCCAACUGAACGGACAAAGAUCUUCAGAGGCCUGAUCACUGAGGAGUUCCCUGAUCUUUUAUUGGCCCCCAACGCCUUACCAUCAAUUGCAAUCCGUGUCGCCUCAUCUCGGAUGAAGCCCUCGCGCGCAAGUCUGAUUUCGCUCACACAGCUUGAAGAAGACCCUGUGUUUACCUUGGCUGUCAUUUCGCGUGCUGAUCGCAGUGAGUUAUGGCGUCUCGAGAAGGACUCAGCCUCUUUGUCAAAAUUGGACCAACGGCUUAAGCAAUGCCCGGCUUUCACCGCAAGGACGCCGGACAAGUCUCUGUUUUCUGGCCAUGCUCCUGCGAAAGUGGACGCUAGGCGCGCAGCACUGGAACAUUACAUGGAAGAAGUUUUGAAUACUCCCUUGGAUCCAAACACGGCACUUGAGCUUUGCAAGUAUCUAUCGAGAAACGCUCUCCCUCCCAAUGUGGAUGAACUAGGAGCCGGAAGCGGGGCACGAGAGGGAAGCUCGCACAUGAUCGGUCCGGAUGGGCGACCUAUUCGUAGUGGCUAUCUUACCAAGCGAGGCAAAAACUUUGGUGGAUGGAAAUCGAGAUUUUUCCUUCUUGAUGGCCCCCUGUUGAAAUACUACGAAACUCCGGGUGGUGCUCACCUCGGCACGAUCAGACUGCAGAAUGCACAAAUUGUCAGACACUCGCAGAGCGGCGACAACCACUCUCCACCCAGGGGCCCGAACAGCGACGAGAUGGACAAUAACUACCGCCAUGCAUUUCGAAUUCUGGAGCCCAAAAAGAAAGAUUUGAAUAGCCAUGUCAAGCACGUUCUAUGUGCAGAGAACGACAAGGAAAGAGAUCUUUGGGUAAACGCUCUGUUGCAGUGGACUGAUUAUCGUGAAAACGAAGAUGAGGAACCAGCACAGACCAGCAGAUCUAAUGCGGCUAGGAGUAGGAAGAGUAUGCCGCCACCAAGGUCGCACCAUCAGACUCAAGACUCAGAUACUUUGGUUGGUGUCCGAUACGAUUCGACGCAGCAUGGUGACGUCCCGCAGCUGGGUGGUAGACCUAAAACAUCUGGUGCUUCUAGCGACCAUCUCGGGCACCAUUAUAACAACAGCGAUUCGAUGACUCCCAAGCUGAUAUCGGGACCGAAAGAUCCUCAACCCAUUGCGGACCUUGCGGCCUGGGGCAAUAAGACAGGCUUGACGGCUCCAACUAGUGAGGAGAAGAAGGUACGGAAGCGAAGCUUUUUCGGUUUCGGGUCAAAGACGCGAUCCAAUUCAGACGGGCAAGAUUCCAUUCCUGCCGUGGGUGACGGCUUCUCAACCACCGCCCCCUCAGGUAGUGGGUACCAUGGACCAGCACACCAGGUGUUUGGUUCUACAUUGGCUGAGGCCGUACGUUUCAGUCCACCGCACGAUGUGGACGUGCCCCUCCCAUCAGUUGUCUACAGAUGUAUUCAGUUCCUAGAGCACAAGGACGCUAUUCUUGAAGAGGGCAUCUUCCGCCUGAGCGGUUCAAGCAUUGUAAUCAAAGGGCUUCGCGAGAGAUUUAAUGUGGAGGGUGAUGUGAAUCUGGUGACCGACGACCAGUUCUACGACAUCCAUGCAGUCGCCUCACUGCUCAAGCUCUACCUGCGAGAGUUGCCGUCGACAAUACUAACUAGAGAGUUACAUCUCGAGUUCCUGGGGACAACAGAGCUUGUCAGCCGGUUAGACAAAGUUGCGGCUCUUAGCGAACUGGUGCAGAGGUUACCGCUUGCGAACGCCACCCUGCUCAAGUACUUGAUUGCUUUCCUGAUCAAGAUCAUCAAUAAUUCAGAUAUGAACAAGAUGCCUGUGCGCAACGUGGGCAUUGUCUUUUCACCGACGUUGAAUAUCCCGGCGCAAGUAUUUGCCAUGUUUUUGCAAAACUACGAGCCCAUCUUCGGUAUUGCUCCUGAGGACCUGGCUACCCAGGGGAAGACGAUGGAGGAGAAGCACUCGACGCCAAAGAAGAUGGAGCUCGAUCCGCGACUCGAAGCAAGCGACCUCGUUCCCGUUGCUUCCGUCCCCGAAGCAUCCUCGAUCGCUGGACGCACCACGGGCUUUGCAGACGCCGACACGCCGUCCACUAAUCUUGGCGCAACCAGAGACCAGGACCUACAAAGAGGCGACGACGACCACCACAGCGGCGACGACCAGGACGGAGGCGCCGACCCGAAACGCUCGAGAGCAUGCGAGGCCUGCCGUGGGCUGAAGGUGCGGUGCGAUCCGGAUCCGGACGGCGGGCCAUGCAAGCGCUGCAAGAAGGCAUCGCGCAAGUGCGUGGUCACGCAGCCGACGCGCAAGAGGCAGAAGAAGACGGACAGCCGUGUUUCCGAGCUGGAGAGGAAGAUUGAUGCUUUGACGGCGAGCCUGCAAGCCCGCGCGGGCGGCAUUCCCGUCCUUCCUGCGCUGGGUGUCUCCUCAUCACCACACGUGCUUGGGGCGAGCAGCGUUAGCCCAGGCGGUGGGCCGAACGAGCACACGACACCAGGGAGCCAUGGGAGCUCGUACUAUAGGGCUCCUUCGACGGAGGGGGUUGCCAGUGGAGGCAUCGGAAGUCACGAGAGGUCAUGGGGAAGCGAGACGGCCACCGUGAGACACGCGAGCCUGGACAGAUCAAAUGGCCAGUCCGUGACACCACCGGGAGGAGGGUCAGCGGUGGCGGCCCCUCCGCAAGCACGAGUCGAUCCGACACCCCCGGCAUUCCAGCCGCCCAUGGUCAUAGCCGGCCAGAAGCGAAAGCUGCCCGCGAGAUGGAGCGCGAGCGCGGACGACGAGCACAGGCAAUCUCCUGUGACUGCCGCCAGCAGUUCGUUCACGCCGGUGCCGGAUAGCGACGUUGUUGACCGCGGCAUCCUCACGAUGGCGAAGGCGACCGAGCUGUUCGCGCGGUAUCGUGAUCGCAUGGCGCCGAACCUCCCUGCCGUCGUACACCCUCCGAGCAUGACUGUUUCUGAUCUUCGGAAGAACAAACCUGUCCUUUUCCUCUCCACCAUGGCGGCUGCCGCGUCCGAGGACAACGAUUUGCAAAAGGCCCUGUCGCGGGAGGUCAUGUUGGUGUUUGCGGACAAGGUGUUUCUGAGCGGCGACAAGAGCAUCGAAAUUGUCCAAGCUCUACUUGUGGCCGUCGUUUGGUACUGGCCACCAGAGCACUUUGAAGAGCUCAAGUUUUAUCAGCUCGUCCACAGCGCCGCCGUCAUGGCCAUCGAUAUCGGCCUGGGUAAGAGUUUCGGCAACAAGCAGCCUGGUACGGGCCUCUACAACUGGCAGAGCCACCCCAUGCGGCGCCAAGCACUACCUGAUCCAACGACUGUCGAAUCUAGGCGAACGUGGCUCGCGUGUUUCUUCAUGGCCUCCAAUACGUCCAUCUCGCUGCGCCGCCCCAAUCUUAUCCGCUGGACCCCCUUCAUGGCCGAGUCGCUUGAAGUACUGGAGUCAUCCCCUGAUGCCGCACCGUCGGACACAUAUUUCUGUCAUCUUGUGUGGACGCACAAGUUGGGUGAGGAGGUGAGCAAUCAGUUCGCCUUGGAGGACGCGACUGCGCGGGUGAAUAUCAACGAGGCGAGAACGCAGCACACCCUGCGGGCUCUCGAGAGGGAGCUGGAAAACAAGCGAAAUUCAGUUCCUGAGGAUGUCAUGAGGCCUGCACUAACCCUUGGAUUUGAGAUGAUCAACUUGUACAUGCACGAGAUUGUGCUUCAUAGCAAAACGGCCGUCGACCAGAUACGACCACCCUUCAACACCGACGCAUUCAAGGAAGGUGUUAUCGGGCCCGAGCCUCUGUCCGCCGCCCACAUCAAUGCCAUCUCAUCAUGUCUUAGCGCAAUCAACGGCAUCUUCACCACGUUUCUGUCACUGGACGUGGCGAGCGUCCGUUGCCUGCCCGUCUAUAAUUUCGUCCGCGUUGCCUACGCCCUCGUUAUCCUUCUCAAGAUGUACUUCACCUCAUCUAACCCAACCUCAGACCUCGGGAAGGUGGUCAACAAGGAGAAUCUUCGGGUUGGCUAUUAUAUGGAUCUCCUCAUAGACAAGUUCCGUGCCACCGCCGCCGACGAUCGAAGUCGGCCCGCCUCGAAGUUCCUCGUUGUGCUCGCCAUGUUGAAGAGCUGGUUCAUCAAACAGGGCAAGCUCGAGGCUAAGAACAACUCUCAGGGCGAUGAUGGGGCUGGUUCUACCAAAUCGCCAAGGACUAGUGGCUGGCCAGAAGGCGAUGGCUCAUCUGGCAACAAGCAGAUGUUACCUUUUCAAAGACAAAACCCGCAGCAGCAGCAAGAACCAGCUCGAGUAAACACGCCCCUCCAGCUCCUCUCCGAAGUGGCCACGGGCACUGGAGCCAACAAACCUAGCGGAUCAGCACGCUUCCUUCUUGGUAGCUUCCGCAACCAACCCCAGCCAUUCUUCUAUGAGGCCAACAAUAAUAAUAAUGCAAACACGCCUUCCUCCUCAGCCUCUGACGGCUCACCCGCCAUCAAUCCCACGACAGGCCCCCAACAAACGUCUCAACCUCAACAGCAACCGCCCUUCUUCGCCGCCUCCUCCGCUGCCGCCGCCUCCUCUGAACCUUCCUGGAUGUCCAACCUCCCAAUUAACAUCGAUAUGGGUCUCGCUGAUGGCACGGGACUGGACUUUACCAAUCUGGGAUUGACCCCCGAGUUCCAAUUGUCGUCCGAGGACCUCCAAGAGCCCUGGAUCAGCGAUCUGUUCCAAGGGUUUCAGGACGCGGGAGGAGGAGUCGUCGAUGGUUAG